GUGUUUUUGGGCUGGUGCCGCCGGUGGCCGAGGACUAGGUGGGGAACCGGGCCAGCGGGGACGGCAGGUCGGUCGCUGCCUUGUUUCCCCAGCUUCGGUUCCGUCUGCGUUGCUGCAGGGAGGCCGCCCCGGCCCGGCGAGCUGAACCAAUGCUGGAUCUGGAGGUGGUGCCGGAACGCUCUUUGGGGAACGAGCAAUGGGAAUUCACGCUGGGAAUGCCUCUGGCUCAGGCAGUAGCCAUUCUUCAGAAGCACUGUCGCAUCAUCAAAAAUGUCCAGGUUCUCUACAGUGAACAGUCUCCUCUAAGCCAUGACCUCAUCCUUAACCUGACUCAGGACGGGAUCAAACUGCUGUUUGAUGCUUUCAAUCAGAGACUUAAGGUGAUUGAAGUAUAUGACUUGACUAAAGUAAAGUUAAAAUAUUGUGGAGUGCAUUUUAACUCUCAGGCCAUAGCUCCCACCAUUGAGCAGAUUGACCAGUCUUUUGGUGCAACCCAUCCUGGAGUGUACAACUCCGCUGAGCAGCUCUUCCACCUCAACUUCAGAGGACUGUCUUUCUCUUUUCAGUUAGACUCAUGGACCGAGGCUCCCAAGUAUGAGCCCAAUUUUGCCCACGGUCUAGCUUCUCUCCAGAUACCCCACGGGGCGACUGUGAAACGAAUGUACAUCUACAGUGGAAACAGCCUACAGGAUACAAAGGCUCCCGUGAUGCCCCUCACCUGUUUCCUUGGCAAUGUGUAUGCUGAGAGUGUGGAUGUUCUUCGAGAUGGAACUGGACCCUCAGGUUUACGACUUCGGCUACUUGCUGCAGGUUGUGGACCUGGCCUAUUAGCAGAUGCCAAGAUGCGGGUAUUUGAACGUUCAGUGUAUUUUGGUGAUUCCUGCCAGGAUGUUCUUAGCAUGCUUGGCUCUCCGCACAAGGUCUUCUAUAAGUCAGAAGACAAGAUGAAAAUUCAUUCUCCUUCCCCUCAUAAACAAGUUCCAUCCAAGUGCAAUGACUACUUUUUUAACUACUUCACUCUUGGAGUGGAUAUCCUCUUUGAUGCAAAUACACACAAAGUGAAGAAGUUUGUCCUACACACCAAUUACCCUGGGCAUUAUAAUUUUAACAUUUAUCACCGCUGUGAGUUCAAGAUCCCACUAGCCGUAAAGAAAGAAAAUGCAGAUGGUCAGACAGAAACAUGCACAACCUACAGCAAGUGGGACAACAUCCAGGAUCUCCUGGGUCACCCUGUGGAGAAGCCUGUUGUCCUGCAUAGGUCCUCCUCCCCAAACAACACCAACCCAUUUGGCUCUACAUUCUGCUUUGGUCUUCAGCGGAUGAUCUUUGAGGUCAUGCAGAAUAACCAUAUUGCCUCGGUGACCCUGUAUGGCCCCCCCAGGCCUGGUGCCCACCUGAGAACAGCGGAGCUCCCCUAAAGACAUCACCACCCAUGCCCCUCUGCCCCGUGGAGCUGUGCAUUGCAUCCUAUUCAGCGGGCCUCCAUGUGCCACCCUGUGGGUUUUCUUGGACACCUUGCCAGUGUUGAAAGGCUGUUGUGAUGUUCUGAGGUGGGGCUCAGACUGGGUGCUCUGCCAUGGGGUGAGAGGCCCAAAUAUUCCUCUGUCCGUCCUCAGCCUGCUGGUGCCAACAGAGGACACAGACUGCAAAGAGAAGCACAAACUCUGAGCCUUGAUACCUGGACCCAGGCGACCUCGACUAACACAUACAGAGGCAGAGUUCUGUCUCUCCUGUUCCACACGCAUUGGGAAAAGUUGGGACUCUUUCUGUGGCUGAGGACACAGGCACCCAGGACGAGGACGAGGUCCUGCCUUUGGCCCAUCAUUGCCACGUGACCCUUAAGGCAAGCAGGUAGCAUGUCCAUAGUACUUGGUUGCGACUUUUGCACUACAUCCACUUUAGUUACUUGAUGAGCUGGCUGUGGCCAAGGUGGCCCACCUGCCUUUCCCUGUUCCUUCCUUGCACGUGCUCCCUACCAGGCCCAGUAGGCACACCCAACUCAUUGAAACACAGCUUUUUACCAUCCAGGUAUGUGCCCAGGCCUGGUUCCUACCCCUCUUGGAGCCAGCCUUCAAGGUUACCUGUGCCCCUGCUCUGCCCCAACCUGGCUGGCAGGCUGCAUGUUUCCAUCCUGUUUGCCUCUUUUAUUUAAUGCCAAAGUUUUAGCCAAAGACAUCUUCCUCCUUUUAUUGUUUCAGCAUUCUGUUCUGCACUGUGGGCUGGCUCUCUUGCCCCAACCCUGGGCAAUGUCCCCUGGCCAGGCCCAUUCAUGGCUCAAGGCCUCUGGGGGCUCAAGGAAGGCUGGGCUGCUCAGUCUUUUCAUGGGUCUUGCUAAGGAAAGUAGCAUAUGUGCUUUAAAAAUAAUCCUUUUGAAAAGAUUUGAGAAGAGAAAUGUAUAAUUUUACCCCAUUUUUAAUAUUUUGGUCUAGCAACUUGUGAUACAUAGAUGACAAUUUUGUGAGUUUUUCAAAUGUGUGUACAGAUUUUUGUAAAUAUGACUCUUUUGUAAUUAACUCAUGUACAGCCUCAUCCUGUAGAGUUUAACAAUGAAUGUGGAGGGGACCUGCCCCAGGCUCCUAGGUGGUUCCUGGGCUUACAGCCAGGCUUGUGUGGCGUUCCCAUAAUUUUGUGACUGACUGGUGUCUUCCCAUUUGGACUGUGGCCUGGCCAGAGACCCACACACACAUCCCCCUGUAGGGGCAGCCAGGACUCUCCCCAUCUUCCCAGAAUAGGGGAACGUUCCUCAUGCCCUGCCCAUACCCCUCCAAUAAAAACCUGUGCCCUCAGCAGCUGCUCACCAUGUGCUGUUGCUGGGAUGUUUGUA